AUGCUUGUGUGUUGGAACCUUCGUCGAAUCCGCCUUGCGCUGGCGUGUCUAUCGCUCUGCGCAGCGGCACAACUCGAGUUCCUUAGCGCGGCCAAUCAAUUGCCAGAUUCUACGGCUAGCCUAAAUGUAGGACGGAUACAGUUCGAACGCGGUAACUCGUAUUCGCAAAUCGACGAAACGGAUGGCGCAUUCACAUUCCGGACGAACAACAUCCAGCUCAAACUGACUCCUGACACAUUCGAAUGCCUCUCCAAAUUCAAGUUUGACGGCACCCUGUCUGUGAAUAAAGUCACAUCUGGAGAUGUGGGUCAAUGGGUUCUGUGGAAUAUCGACAUGUUCGACCCCAGCAAGAUAAGUCCGUGGAUGCCAGGCCAUAUUUCCUCUUGUGGGCGUUCAGUCGACUUCUUCCUCGGUGGCCCGUGCAAGCUCUCCAGAGGCCGGGUGAACCGAUUCUACUUCGGAAUACCGCAGCACUCGGAAAUCAGACUGACGGGGCGUGUCCACUUCUUCGACCAGUGGAACGGUGAAACACUGAGCCUCAAGGUAGACAAGGACGUUGUAUGGUCACAGCCGCACAACUGGUGCCCUACCCUGAGCAACGCCGACUGCGUCAGAUAUGGAAUCGACAGCUGCGGCCAGGAGUACCCUGACCGGAUAUCGGUGGGAUAA